GUCGCGUGUGUAACUAUGGAUCAAGUAAUUAAGGUACUUUUACAAUUCUGUAAAAGUUAUUGCGGUAGGACCGUUCCUUCUAAGAAGGAGAUCGCGGCCGUGCUAUCGCGUUUAGAAAAGGAGGGUGAGCUGGACUCCCCUCAACAGGUGCUCGAUUCAAAUAGGUGGGACUCACUUACUUCGGCGCUGUGCCAGCGCGCCAUGUCCGACCAAAAAGCCUCAGAGCUUAAAACAUGGGGCUUGAUACUUGGGGCUCUCAAAGCGGCAAAGGUGGAAGGAAAGUUCGGGGAGGACCGGAGCAUGACGGGGGUUGUCAGGAGCGGGUCUUUACUUUCUCAUAGAUCCGGUGAGGCCAAGAUGGCGGCGACGACAGAGAACGGAGGCGGAGAGAUGCAGAAGGAGGAGCCGCCGAGUCAGUCAUGUGAGCCGACAGCUCCGCCCCCGCCUUACCCUGCCCCGUCUUUGUGCCCUUCUUUGGACAAAAUGUCUCAGCCAGAACCGCCCCCUGAGGAACGCGAUAGGGUGGGGGGCGGAGCGGGGCGGGGGAGCCCGCGGCCGGGGGGGGGCCCGGUUACUGACUGGGCUAAAGUUAAAGAGGAAGCGGAAGAAAAGGGCCUAGCGAAUCCAGCCACGUUUCCGGUUGUGGUUUCAGACGAGGGCCCAAUUUGGGUUCCUCUAGAUCCAAAAGGGAUCACGAGGGUGCUCGAGGCAGUCGAGAAAAAGGGGUUGAAAUCCCCCUUGACGAUGAAUGCCCUCGAGAACCUUACCGCACAGGGGCCUCUCCUACCCUAUGACAUAGAGAAUUUGAUGCGUAUGGUUCUGAAACCGGUGCAGUACACGUUGUGGAAGGAGGAGUGGCAGGCCCGGCUUAGACAGAUGUUGGUUACAGUGCAAAACGAUCCAGCAAACGCAUUACAUAACUCCGACCUUCAGAGAUUGAUGGGUAGCGCACCAGGUCUGCUAACUGCCCAGGCUCAGGUUACCCAACUGAGACCUGGGGAGCUGAUAGCUACAUCUGACGCCGCUUUAGAGGCGUUUAGGAGGCUCGCAAGGAAUGCAGAGCCCUCUACCCCGUGGACAGAGAUUAUACAGGGCCCAACGGAGUCAUUUCAGGAUUUUGCAGAUAGGCUGAUAAAGGCAGUAGAAGGGUCAGACCUUCCUAGGGCGGUCCAUGGUCCUGUUAUUUUGGACUGCUUAUAUCAGAAGUCGAGCGGGGACAUACGCGCUUUGCUAAGAGCGGCACCGGAAAGGUUUCACACCCCCGGUGAGGCCAUCAAGUAUAUCGUAGACAAGCAGAAGUCAAACCCGUCUGUGGUUGGCGAGGUUGCUGCUGCAGUGGCUGGGGUGAUGAUGGCACACGGGGGCUUUGGCCUCCCGACCCGCUGCCGGGUAGGCAGCAAUAAUAUAGGAAGAACUUGCCUAAAGACUAUGAAAAAGGACUUCAGAGACUUGAGGCGAAAGGAGGAGGACAACUCACCCUUUUGUAGGAUGAACAUGAGGAUUGGUGUGAGGUUUGUAGCUAUAGAAACACUCGAGUAUGGUCAUGAGGGUAUUAGGACUACUGCCACUCAAAAGGAGGCCCAGUUCAGGUGUUUAUACAUUAGAGCAUGCAGCAUGGGUAAUAAACAGAAGGAGUUGGAGGCCAUUGUGUGGUCGGAAAGCUAUGAUAUAGUCACCAUCAUGGAAACACGGUGA